UCAAACGACAAGGAAAUCCCGAUAAUGAGUUCGGAAGCUGCAUUGUGUUUACCACUGGCAACAUUAUAGUCUUGUGAAAACCCACCAUUACUGGACCAAACUAUUGCACUGAUAACCCAUUCACGGAAUUCAUUUGUCGGAGAUCAAAUUUCAGAGCAUCCCAUUUGCAAUGCUAAAACCCUUCGAAUAAUUAACACGGUCUCAGUUGCGAAUUCACCAUCGUCCGAAGCGGAUAUGUUGAUCAAGUUGUGUUGGUUAAUUUGGCUCUGUCCGGUUCUGGUCGCUCAGCUGGAGGAACUUCGACGGUACGAUGACACCCGCGAUUGGUACCAGGAUCACCUAUACGUUCCCAAUCGGAAUCCAAGGCUACCCCGCAACCGACAUGUUCCCCCUGGAAUGGAUGCCCCCCGGUACGAGUUCGACUGCGAUGCUCAUUUUGCGUUAAUCUGGAACGAACUGAACUUCCUGCGAAGUUUGGCGGACAAGUGCACCGGAUGCCCCCAGGAGUAUACGUUCCCUGUUUUGGAUAAGGAUUACUGCUACAAUGGAAUAUGCUUUGAAGAUGUGCAAUGCCAUGAGCGUAGAGGCAAACCGUAUUGCGAACUGUGCCCAGUGGGAUUCGAUGGAGAUGGUCGGAACUGUUCCCGGAGGAACGUAUGUCGGAAGCAGCCCUGCUACAAAGACGUCGAGUGUGAAAUGGUGGAUACGUAUCCGUACUUUAUGUGCGGAGAGUGUCCUGGUGGGUAUGAAGGCGAUGGCGUCGACUGUAAAAGGAUGGAUACAUGCGGGAAGCAGCCCUGCUUCACGGGUGUAAGCUGUCAGUGGGCUGCGACUGUUCCUUACUUUGAAUGUGGGCCAUGUCCGUCGGGUUAUGAGGGAAAUGGGAGGCUCUGCAGUCGUAACGCUUGUCUGGAUAGGCCUUGUUUUUCCGGCGUUAAGUGUUCCAAAAAGAACACAGAUCCGUAUUUCAGCUGUGGAACAUGUCCAGUUGGCACUGCUGGGAAUGGAGUUCUUUGUGCUGCGGAUUCCGACCAGGAUGGUUAUCCAGAUAAAGCAUUGAGCUGUUCGGAGCCACAGUGUGCGCAGGACAAUUGUUUAAGUUUGCCGAACUCCGGUCAAGAGGAUCUAAACGGGAAUGGCAUUGGAGAUGUUUGCGAAAAAGAUGCGGAUUUGGACGGUGUUGAUAAUAAGUAUGAUAACUGUCCAUCCAAAUCAAAUCGCGGACAGCAGGAUAUAGAUGAAGAUAAGAUCGGUGAUGCAUGCGACAAUUGUCCAAGUUUGUCUAACACAGAUCAACUUGACGUAGACGGAGAUGGUGUGGGAGAUGUAUGCGAUGAUGAUUUGGAUGGGGAUGGGAAGCAGAAUACGGCGGACAAUUGCAAGUGGAUAUUCAAUCCUGGUCAAGCAGAUAAGGACGGUGAUGGCGUUGGAGAUGUGUGUGAUAAUUGUCCGAGCAAAGCGAACAGAAACCAGAAGGACUCGGAUGGCGACGAAGUUGGUGACAUGUGUGAAACGGGUCUGGACGCUGACGGGGAUGGCAUUCAGAACAUUCGUGACAACUGCUGGAAUGUGUCGAAUGCCGACCAGUUGGACUCGGAUUCUGACGGAAUUGGCGACGCGUGUGACAAAGACAAAGACAACGAUGGUAUAUUCAACGAGGAAGAUAACUGUAGUUUGGUAUCGAACCCGGACCAACUCGAUCACAACAUGAAUGGAGUUGGUGAUGCAUGCGAAGUGGACUUCGAUGGAGACGGUAUUGUUGAUUGGCUGGACAACUGUCCCAAGAAUGCACGAAUCAGGCAAUCUGAUUUCCGGAAAUUCAUCACCGUAGCUUUAGAUCCCGAAGGGUCAAGUCAAUUUGAUCCGUAUUGGGAAAUUCGUAAUAAAGGAGCGGAGAUAUUUCAAAAGUUCAACAGUGAUCCCGGUUUGGCAAUUGGGCGCGAUCGCUUACAAGGGGUGGACUUCGAGGGCACGUUUUAUGUAACUGAUCAGGAGGAUGACGAUUUUGUUGGGUUCGUAUUUGGCUAUGUUAAUAACCGAAAAUUUUAUAUGGCCUCGUGGAAAAAAGAUAAUCAGGAUUACUGGGAAUCGCAUCCGUUCUCUGCCAGUGCGACUUCCGGUAUCUUGCUGAAGCUUGUAAACAGCAGCACCGGACCGGGAACGUAUUUGCGAAACAGUUUGUGGCAUGACGAAAGCGUGUACUCGCAGACAAAGCUCUUGUGGCAAGAUCCCGUCAGCAAGGGCUGGCUUCCGAAUACCUCGUAUAGAUGGAAGCUGCUUCAUCGACCGUCGAUUGGACUGAUUCGAUUCCGGCUAUACAAAGGAUCCCACAUGGAAGCCGAUUCAGGCAACAUAUUCGAUUACGCUAUCAAGGGCGGUCGUCUGGGUGUAUAUUGCUUCUCGCAGGAGGAAAUCACGUGGUCCAAUCUGAUGUAUCGCUGUAAUGAUAACUACCCAAAGGAUAUAUUUGACGAAAUAAAACCUAAGCUACGGCCGGAGCUCAUCAAGAAGAUCGAAUCGCUUAAGGCUGAUAUAAACUGGUAGAUUGCUGCUUAUUAACAUACUUAACAAAUACAUAACUGAUACUG